AUGGCCAGCGGCCAACGAUCCACAGACCCCAACGACCGCACCACCGAGACGUUUCACGGCCUCGGCGGGUAUAAGCGCGGCUGGGGUGGGCGGGCGUCCCCGUUUCCUCACGCGAGGCCCGACGAGCGGGUACCUUUGGCGACGAGGCACAGCGAGACGACCACGGCCGGUGAGGCCACGACGACAAACGACGACACCGACGACACUAGCCAGGACCGACAGAUCCGGACAGACCAAAAGGCCCCCCAGCUGCUCGAAUUCGCGGACUCCAGGCUCCUGGACCUGUGGCUCGAGCUGGGGACAAUAACCCAAGACCGGAACAACCACCGGUCCACGAUUGACCUUGUCUUCGGGGCUCAGAGCCUUGCAGAUCAACACAUCGCCUGCGAGGUGGCCCCCAAGGUCCACGCGGACUCUAACCACCUACUAAUCCAGGCAGCCAAGCUGCGUAAAUUUAUGGCCAGCAACCUCAAUAUAUAUUCUCACUGGGACGUGCUAAAAAUGAAUCUCUCGGCGGCCUCGAUUGACGCGGCGGUCGACUUCCUUAUGGAGGUCGUGCAGCGCGCGAUCCAGCACGCGGUCCCGUGGGCCCGUCCCAGCGAGUGGGCCAAGCCAGACUUCACACCGGAAUGCAAACGUGCGGUCAAGAUAACUAGAAAACUCCGCAGGAUCUAUAUGCGUCACCGUCUACCCUCAGACUGGACCGCCUACGUCAAGGCCCGCAACCGAAAGGGCCGGAUCAUCAACCGGUCCCUACGGAGGGGCUUCCGCCGCUGGGUCUCGGAGGCGAUCGAUCAAGGCACGCACGGGAUCUGGCGCGUGGCUAAGUGGGCCCGUAACCGUGGGGGCCGGGCCGCCAAUAUGAUCCCAACCUUAAAUGGACCUCACGGGCCGGCCGACACCACCGAGGCCAAGGCCGAGGUCCUGCGAGAAUCGUUCUUUCCCGAGCCACCGCCGGCCGACCUAUCCGAUAUCGCGAGACGCACCCAGCCGCCGCAGAUCGAGUUCCCAGAGGUCACGAAAGAGGAGGUCGCCAAGGCCAUCCGGCGGGCACCGCCAGACAAGGCCCCUGGGCCGGACGCGGUCCCGAACAAGAUCUGGCACGAGCUGUGCAAGGUCCCGGUCUUUCCAGAGCGGGCUACGGCUCUGUUCAACGCGAGUAACAAAACAGGGCACAAUCCGAGACACUUCCAGACCUCUACCACGGUGGCCCUACGCAAGGGCGGACCGCGUGACUACCGCAAGCCAAAAUCAUACCGACCAGUUGCCCUGCUCAAUACUUUUGGUAAGAUUCUCGAGUCGAUCAUAGCAACACGCAUUGCCUGGGCCUUGGAGGAGCACAAAUUACUCCCACAGACCCAUCUCGGAGGCAGAAAGGGGAUCUCGACGGACCACGUCAUCCAGCUCAUCCUCGAUAAUAUAUAUCGUGCAUGGGGACAGGGUAAAAAGGUAAGUAUGAUCCUGCUUGACGUCUCUGGUGCCUUUGACAACGUGUCCCACGCCCGGCUGCUCUUCAACCUCCGCCAGCUGAAGCUGGGCCACUUCGCGGACUGGCUGCAGUCCUUUCUAACCGGCAGAACGACCCGGAUCUCGCUCGCAGGGGAGCUCAGCGCGGAGUUCCCGACCCCGACGGGCAUCCCGCAGGGCUCGCCGCUGUCCCCGAUUCUAUACCUGAUCUACAACACCCCGCUGAUCCAGGAUCUCCAUGUCCGGCGGCCCCAGGGCGGCUCAACCACGGCCUUCGGCUGGAUCGACGACGCGUGUACCCUGGCCGUGUCCGACACCUUCGCAGAAAACGUCGAAACGCUGAAUGCGGCUCUUCGACAUGCAUCUAAAUUUGCACCGGACAAGUUCGAGCUCAUCCAUUUUACUAACCCACGGGAGACGGAAACGCCGCCCCAGUCCCCGGGCCUCCCACCGGACCAUCCGGACCAGAUAUGGGAGGUGCCACUGCCACCAGCGGGACACGACCAGAUGGAGAUCAUCUUUACGGACACGAUAAUCAAGCCAACAGAAACGGCCAAGUACUUGGGGGUAUGGUUGGACAAGACCCUGUCGUUCUCCAUCCAUCGAACCAAGGCCCUGGCCAAGGCGCACGGGACGCUGGCGGCCCUCAAGGGGAUCGCAGGAUCCACGUGGGGGGCCCCUCUGCGUGCCAUGCGCCGGAUCUAUCAGGCGGUGAUCGUUCCCCAGCUAUUCUACGCGGCCGCGGCCUGGUACAGUCCUAAGGGUGGCCAGAUCGUGGCCUCGAUCAACCAGAAGAUGCUGGCGGAGUUCACUCAGAUUCAGAAGCAGGCAGCGCUGCUGAUCAGCGGGGCCUUUAGAGGCACCUCCGCAGCGGCUCUUAACGUAGAAUUAUAUAUAUUACCGGUACACCUCCAGCUGCAGCAGAUCAUUGAAGAAACGGCGGUCAGAAUCCGGACGGGACCAGAGCUGGCCUGCCCAGAGUCGGUCCUUAGACCGCGCACGGUACAAGAACGCCGGCGCAGCGGCUGGACACCGAUGGAGGCACUGAGUCGGAAAGGGGGCCCCCUAUGGCCCCUGGGCAAGAAGGAGUGGGAAACCCGCAAGCCAUAUAUUCUGGCACCAUGGGAACCGCCGGUCACAACCGUGAUUGACAGUCACGAAGCCGCACUAAUCUACCACAGACAUUACUGCGCCAGGCGAGAAGGGAUCGCAGUGUACACAGACGGGAGCGGUCUAAACGGCCGGGUUGGAGCUAGUACAGUCUGCCUCUCGCAGGGCUGGAAGAGGAACUGUACGCUGGGAACAGAAGAGGAGUCAACGGUCUACGCAGGGGAGCUGACCGGGAUCCGGAUGGCCCUGCACAGGCUACGGAGGGAAACCAGACCGGCCACGGUCUUUGUGGACAGCCAGGCCGCGAUCCAGGCAAUUCAGAACCCGCGGAGACCGUCGGGCCAAUAUAUAUUAGACCAGAUCUACUAUAUUAUACGGAGAUAUAACAUGCAGAACCGGGUCCAGAUCCACUGGAUCCCUGCACACAUCGGAGUGCCAGGGAACGAGGCAGCCGAUGAAGCCGCACGAGAAGGAGCUACACGAGAAGGCACACAGCAAACUGGCGAAGCUAUUUGCCUAGCUGCAGCGGCCAAACGACAGAUACGCCGCUCUAUUAAAGAUAGAUGGAUACGGGAGUGGAAGACCGAGAAAACAGGCCCCACAACAUACCGAUUGGUGGAGGUUCCAAACAAGAAGAUACUGGAUCUCUAUAAGAAUCUAUCAAAAUCGUACGCAUCGAUUAUUAUUCAGAUGCGUACCCAGAGAAACGGACUACGGCACUUUCUACAUAAAAUUAAAGCCGUGGACUCAGACCAAUACCUCUAUGCGUUGGGAUCCCAGACAGCGCGGCAUAUUUUACUACAAUGUCCAUUAUACGCCGAACUCAGGGGUAGAAUGAUUGGCAAGCUGGACCCGGGGGUCCAGAAAAGAUUAGAUUACAACGGGAUCAUGUCCCAUCCGCAGGCGAUCCGCUACGUCGCCGAAUUCAUGCACCAAACAGAAUUACUCAGUCAAUUUAGAGACGUGGAGCAAACUGGUCACUACUAA